ACUCAAGUUCAUGGUGAGACCACGAAGUCUGUUCAAUAUGUCAGCAAGAGAGCAGCACACAGCACCAAAGCAGGAAUAACCCCAGUGCAGCUCAGGCAAGGACCCUGUGCUGAGCACCAGGAUCAACACAGUGGAGGCUUGAAAUUCAAGACGAAACAUCAAGAACAUCCCUCCUUAGGAAAACUUUCUUGUGCUGCCCGUUCUGCAGCAGAAGCAACUGAGCGCCCAAAAGCGCUCCCAGCACCCAUCAGCCGCAACCCGCCGAACAGACCACCCCUUUCGCCCUGAGUGGCAGCAAUCUCAGCCAAUAGCAGAGAGUCUAGGCAUCGGAGGCGGGAACUUGUCAACUCGCGACCAAUCAGACAUCGUAAAUUGGAGGGGGCGUGGCUUGAGCGGCGUCGCCAAGGGCAGGAGCGCGGCGUCGCCGAGGCUCGGACGCGGCGGGGCGGGGGUGCGUUUGCCGGACCUGGCUGCCCGGCAGCGGCACGAUGAGCCUGGCUCUCAGGAAUGAGCUCUCAGUAGACAAAACCAAAAAGAAGAAAAGAAGAGAACUGACUGAAGAACAGAAGCAAGAAAUUAAAGAUGCCUUUGAGUUGUUUGAUACAGACAAGGAUAGAGCAAUAAAUUAUCAUGAAUUAAAGGUGGCAAUGAGAGCCUUGGGUUUUGAUGUGAAAAAAGCUGAUGUCCUGAAAAUACUUAAAGAUUACGAUCGAGAAUCAACAGGCAAGAUCACCUUUGAAGAUUUUAAUGAAGUUGUGACAGACUGGAUUUUGGACAGAGACCCACAAGAAGAAAUACUCAAGGCAUUUAAAUUGUUUGACGAUGAUGACUCUGGUAAAAUAAGUCUGAGAAAUCUGCGCCGAGUUGCUAGAGAAUUGGGUGAAAAUAUGUCUGAUGAAGAACUACGGGCUAUGAUUGAAGAAUUUGAUAAGGAUGGAGACGGAGAAAUCAAUCAAGAAGAAUUUAUUGCUAUUAUGACUGGAGAUAUUUAGCAUUAGAAGAAAAGAAAUUAACUUACCACAAAAGGAAGGAGUUGUUGGCAGCGUCCAUUACAAUGUUUUGUACUUUCAUUUAUUUUGGUAGCUGGAGUGGUACAGAAAGUUACUUGUCACAGGACCAAAAUAAAAACAGGUUACAUGCACUGAUAAUUCAGGACUUGUAUCAUUAAAUACUAUCACUAGAAUAAUUAAUGUAAUAUUUUAGAACAAGUAAGUAGUGCUGCAUUUCAUAAUAUUUAAGUAACUGUUUCGAAAAUAGCCUUGUCUCAGAUUUCUAUAUUGUAUCAUAUUACAAGAACCUUUUGAAGUUCUUUACUUUGUGUUAGCAUUAGUUGUGGCCUUAGUUUUGAUACAUAAGUUUUGAUAAACUUCCAAUAAAAUGUUCUUUACUACUA